AUGCCUCGUCUCUAUCACCGCUCUCAGCUUGCGCUGCACAUCAAAAGGGCCAUCUGCGCCCACCAUGUUGUUCACCCGCUUCUCCGCCAUGUAGAUCUCGCGCAUUGGUGCUUCACGCGCUUUGGGGUACGCCUCGACCGAUCCACCAUCGGCCGAGUGUUGAAGGGCGCCGAACGAUGGCGCAUCCCGGACGACGCUGUUGACGCUGUUCGUAUGCGUGGCGGCGCGUACCCGGACCUGGAGCGCGCAAUGGCACGUUGGAUUGCCAAUGCGGGUCCCGCUGGCGUUCCGCUGACAUUGGCCACAAUCCGCGACCAUGUCGCUACCAUGGCACGUGCGAAUGGUCUAUUCACGCGCUACAUCGAACAACUCGACGCUACCAUGGAUGCAGAGGACCGCACCAUUGUUGUCCUGCUCGACAACGCCAACAGCCACAAUCUGACAACCGAGGGCGCCGUGACCGAAGAUCUCUUCGGGUUCCGUACGCGUGCGCUCAAGAACGUGCGCCUGGUGUUCAUGCCUCCUAACACCACCUGCUUCAUUCAGCCUCUUGACCAGGGGCUCAUUGCCAUGGCGAAUGCGCUGUACCGCCAGCAUUGGCUCCGCGCCUUCACGGGCAUGUGGACUGCCGAAGGCGCCACCUCCGCGGCAGCUAGGUUAAAGCCGAACCUCCGAGUUGGCGGCGGCCCCACUGUCGGAGGUGACAUCGGCCUGGACGAUGACGUCAACGACGUCAGUAGCCUGAUUGACCAGCUCGGACUCGGGCCCAGCGCGAUGCCCGCUCAGGAGUUUGUCGGCAUCGAUGCCAACCAGCCAACGUGCGCCGAGCCCGGUGAUGAUCCGUUGGCGAUCGAGCCGCGAUCGGAGCCGACAGCGGAGAUGUGGGAGGCGCCUGCGUCGAUGCAGGUGGUCUACGACGACAACAACCCUGCGACGCGCGAAGCAAGUCGCACCGCUCGUGCCGCGUGCGAAAUGCUCAUUGGCUACGCGCGCGCGACAUGCAUCACGCCGCGGGACCUGUGCGCACUGUUUGACAUUCGUAACCCGAUCAUCAUCGCGCGGAUGGAGCGCGCAAUCCCUGCUCUCAACCUUAACGCGUCUCCGCCAUCCGCCAUGUCGCACGAGGACAACCCACCAGCAGAGACUCCACGUCGCCGUGGUCGCGUGCUGCCGGCGUGGAUAACAGUGCCGACCCCUGACUAG